AUGCCAGGCCCGGGCCCCCGCGCCCCCCGCAGCCCCGUGCCGCUGCGCCCCCUCCUGCUGCUGCUGUGCGCGCUGGCGCCCGGCGCCCCCGGACUUGCACCAGGGCGUGGGCCCGACGGCCUGCAGGCGCUGGACAUCGUGCACCCGGUGCGCGUGGACGCGGGGGGCGCCUUCCUGUCCUACGACCUGCGCCCACGCUCGCUGCGCAAGCGCGCCGUGUCCGCGCACCGGGCCGUGCACACCUUCUACGAGCUGCAGUUCCGCGGGCGCUCGCUGCGCUUCCACCUGGCGGCCAACACGCACCUGCUGGCGCCCGGCUUCGUGAGCGAGACGCGCCGCCCCGGCGGCCUGGGGCGCACGCACAUCCGCACGCGCCGGCACGCCUGCCACCUGCUGGGCAAGGUGCAGGGGCCUGCGCUGGAGGGCGGCAUGGCGGCCAUCAGCGCCUGCGACGGCCUGAAAGGUGUGUUCCAACUCUCCCACGAGGACUACUUCAUCGAGCCCCUGGAAGGUGUCCCGGCCCAGCCUGGCCGCGCCCAGCCCCACGUGGUGUACAAGCGUCAGGACUCCAAGACAGGGAUGGAGGACGACCACCCCAGGUCGUCCGGCACCUGCGGGGUGCAGGAGUCCGUGGAGCAGGAGCUCCAGCAGCGGGACCUCUGGGACCAGCAGCAGCAGCAGCAGCAGCAGCAGCAGCCGCCGAGGCGUCUGCACCAGCGCUCGGUCAGCAGAGAGAAGUGGGUGGAGACCUUGGUGGUGGCCGAUGCAACGAUGGUGGAGUACCACGGACAGCCGUACGUCGAGACCUACGUGCUCACCAUCAUGAACAUGGUGGCUGGCAUUUUCCAUGACCCCAGCAUCGGGAACCCCAUUCACAUCACCGUCGUGCGCCUGAUCCUGUUGGAGAACGAGGAGGAGGACAUGAAGGUCUUACACCACGGGGACAAGACCCUGCACAACUUCUGCAAGUGGCAGAACAGCCUCAACAUGAACGGGGACGCCCACCCGCAGCACCACGACACCGCCGUCCUGAUCACCAGGAAGGACCUGUGCAUGGCCAUGAACAAGCCCUGUGAGACCCUGGGCCUGUCUCACGUGGCCGGCAUGUGCCAACCCCACCGCAGCUGCAGCAUUAACGAGGACACAGGCCUGCCCUUGGCCUUCACCGUGGCCCACGAGCUCGGACACAGUCUCGGCAUUCAGCAUGACGGCAACGGCAACAACUGUGACUCGGCUGGGAAACAGCGCUUCAUCAUGUCUCCUCAGCUGCUGUAUGACUCUGCACCCCUCAUCUGGUCCCCCUGCAGCCAACAGUACAUCACCAGGUUCCUCGACCGGGGCUGGGGCAUGUGCCUGGACGACCCACCCUCCAGGGAGACCAUCAAGCUGCCGUCCGUGCUGCCCGGCGUCCUCUACGACGUGCACCACCAGUGCCGCCUGCAGUACGGGCCUUCUUCCGUGUACUGCCAGGACAUGGACAACGUCUGCCACACCCUCUGGUGCUCCGUGGGGAGGACCUGUCACUCCAAGCUGGAUGCGACUGUGGAUGGCAGCAGGUGUGGGGAUAACAAGUGGUGUCUGAACGGGGUGUGCGUUCCUGUGGACUCCCAGCCUGAGGCAGUGGACGGCGGCUGGUCCGGCUGGAGCGCCUGGUCCGUCUGCACGCGGACGUGUGGCGUGGGCGUGCAGAGCUCCGAGCGGCAGUGCACGCAGCCUGUGCCCAAGCACAAGGGCAAGUACUGCGUGGGCGGACGGCAGCGCCUGCGUCUCUGCAACCUGCAGAACUGCCCCGAGGGCCACCCCUCCUUCCGCCACGUCCAGUGCAGCCACUUUGACACCAAGCUCUACAGGGGCCGGUGGUACACGUGGGUGCCCGUGGUCAACGACAAGGAACCCUGCGAGCUGCACUGCCGGCCCUUGAACGAGUCCUUUGCGGACAAGCUGCAGGACGCGGUGGUGGACGGCACGCCCUGCUACGAGGGCCGGGCCAGCCGGGACCUCUGCAUCAAUGGCCUCUGCAAGACCGUGGGCUGCGACUUUGAGAUCGACUCGGACGCCGUGGAGGACCGCUGCGGCGUGUGCCGUGGCGACGGCUCCACCUGUCACACCGUGAGCAGGACCUUCCAGGAGGCUGAGGGCGUGGGGUACGUGGACGUGGGGCUGAUCCCCGCCGGCGCCCGUGACAUCCACAUCCAGGAACUGGCCGAGGCCUCCAACUUCCUGGCCCUGCGGAGCGAGGACCCGGGGAAGUACUUCCUGAACGGAGACUGGAUCAUUCAGUGGCACGGGGACUACGAGGUGGCGGGCACCACCUUCACCUACGCACGCAGGGGCAACUGGGAGAACCUCACGUCCCCCGGGCCCACGGAGGAGCCCAUCUGGAUCCAGCUGCUGUUCCAGGAGAGCAACCCUGGGGUGCACUAUGAGUACACCAUCCCCCGGGAGGCCACGCGCCAGAGCCUGGGCCUCCUGCCUGAGUUCUUCUGGACCUACGGGCCCUGGACCGAGUGCACAGUCACCUGUGGCACAGGCAUGCAGAGGCAGAGCGUGUACUGCGCCGAGCGGCAGCUGGGGCCUGUGGACGAGACGUACUGCGACUCCCUGAGCCAGCCGGAUGAUCGCCAGAGGACAUGCAGUGAGGAGCCCUGCCCCGCCCGGUGGUGGGCAGGAGAGUGGCAGCCCUGCUCCAGGUCCUGCGGGCCUGGGGGCCUGUCCCGCCGGGCCGUGAUCUGCAUCCAGAGCGUGGGGCUGGACGAGCAGAGCGCGCUGCCGCCCGCGGCCUGCGCACACCUGCCCCGGCCUUCUGCCGGAGCGCCUUGCAACCUCCAUGUGCCCUGCCCGGCCACCUGGGCCGUGGGAAACUGGUCUCAGUGCUCAGUGACCUGCGGGCAGGGUGCUCAGCACCGAGCUGUCUUCUGCACCAACGACACGGGCGCCCCCUGCGAUGAGGCCCGGCGGCCAAUCAGCCAGGCUGCCUGCCCCGCGCAGCCCUGUCCACGGUCCCUGAGCACCCUGGACCCCGAAGGCUCUGGCAGCGGCUCCUUCAGCCGAGAGUUCGCCAACGAGGUCGACUUCAUCCCCCACCACCUGGCCGCCCGCCCUCCAGCCCCGCCGUCCGAGCCGGCCAGCACGGGCAACGCCAUCACGGGCGAGGGCCCCCAGCUGGGCCCACCCAGCCCCGUGUUUGUUGACGACUUCUACUACGACUACAACUUCAUCCGGUUCCACGAGAACCUGGCCUACGAGCCCUUUGGGGAGCCCAGCCCCGACCCGGCAGGCACAGGGGACUGGCCGGCCCCAUCCCUGAGCAGUUCCACUGAGCCCCCCACAGAGCCUCCCGAGGAGGAGGAGGAGGAGGAGGAGGAGGAGGAGGAGGAGGAGGAGGAGGGGGCACCAGGAGAUGGGUCCCCCGACCCUCCGCCCAGCCAGGCCAGCCCCUCCCCAGCCCCCGCUUCGGAGCCGACGCCCUGGAACCCACUGCUCAAUCUCUUGUCUGAGGAGGAUGCCUUCACGGGGUCCCCCGGCCUCGGGCUCCCCAGCUCACCCUGGCCCACUGCUGCCCCUGCCGACCCAGACGAGCUCCUGGUGGGGGAGCGGGGCCCGAACCAGCUGCGCCCUCCGCGGUGGGAGACCACCAAUGAGGUUUCUGAGGAUGAGGAGGAGCCCCUGGGCUACCCAGCGCCCCGCCUGCCCCAGGCUCCCGUGUCACCCCCUUUGUCCUCCACCAGCGCCGCCCCCUCUCCCAGCCCUGACUCCGUGGAGCUGUGGCCUGCAGUGGGGGGAGCCCCUCCCACAGCCUCUCCGCCAGAGGCCGGGGACACGGGCAGCUCCCUGGAGCCCGGGCCACCCACACCCCCAGCCCCAGGACUGGCUGCCGACGCCCUGCGGACCCCGGCAGGGUCGGGGGCCCUGCUCCUGACGGCCCCCACGGGCCCAGGGCACAAGCCUUGGGUGACUGCCCUGGGUCCGGGACCCUCGGGCCAGCCUGCGGCACCCCCAGGCUCCGUGCCAGGGUCCACACCGGCCGGGGACAGUCCAGCCGACAGCAGUAGAGCCCCAGAGGCCCGAACUCUGGGCCCCAGCCGGGCCGAGGAGCGGCCGCCUUUGGGCCUGCCACCGACCAGGAACUCCAGCUGGGAAGUGGGAACCUGGACCGAGUGCUCCACCACCUGCGGCCUGGGUGCGGCCUGGAGGUCUGUGCGCUGCAGCUCCGGCCAGGAGGAGGACUGCGACCCCGCGGGCCGGCCCCAGCCCGCCCGCCGCUGCCAUCUGCGUCCCUGCGCCACCUGGCACACCGGCAACUGGAGCAAGUGCUCCCGCAGCUGUGGCGGAGGGUUCUCCGUGCGGGACGUGCAGUGUGUGGACACACGGGACCUCCGGCCGCUGAGGCCCUUCCACUGCCAGCCCGGGCCUGCCCCUCCGCCCGCCCGCCAGCCCUGCGGGGCCCUGCCCUGCCUCAGCUGGUACACCUCCUCCUGGAGGGAGUGCUCCGAGGCCUGUGGCGGUGGGGAGCAGAAGCGUCUGGUGACCUGCCCGCAGCCAGGCCUGUGCAAGGAGGCGCUGAGACCCAACGCCACGCGGCCCUGCAACACCCACCCCUGCACCAAGUGGGUGGUGGGGCCCUGGAGCCAGUGCUCGGCCACCUGCGGGGGUGGCGUCCAGCGGCGGCUGGUCCGGUGCGUCAACACCCAGAUGGGGCUGCCCGAGGAAGACAGUGACCAGUGCAGUCACGAGGCCUCGCCGGAGAGCUCCCGGCCCUGCAGCACUCAGGACUGCGAGGUCGCCGGGCCCCCACGCUGCGAGCAGGACCUGCUGUCUUUCGGCUUCUGUGAGACCCUGAGCCUCCUCGGCCACUGCCAGCUGCCCGCUCUCCGUGCCCAGUGCUGCCGCUCCUGCCCGCCGCCCGGCCACAGCGCCCCCUCCCGUGGCCAGCCGCGGGCCACCCACCACUGA